CUUAAAUCCUUUACCAUGCCAGUCCAUAUUUUACUUCGGAAGUGUAUACUCCCUCACUGACCACUAACUUACAUAUUGCAGUGAAAUUAGUCAUUUCCUAGUGCACUACUGUCACUGCUAAGCAGCUGAACUAUUAACUAAUCAAAUCAGAUAAUUGAUUUGUGAUUCAUGUAGAAGCACUGGCUGCAGUGUGUAACUCUCUUUUGGUCUCAGCUGUGAACGGGUGUGCAGGGCUCCACCUCUAUUUGACAAAGCUUUUAGGUGAGUUUACUUUCCAGAUUCUGCAGGUGGUGUGAGGCUGAAGUCCAGCAGCGCAGCAGCUUGGAUUCAUCUGUCGGCGGACUUUCGGUCACUUCAAGAGAUAAAAUGUCGCACUGGACUGAAAUGACCAAAGAUUGUCCGACCGGUUGACAGCAGUGUCUCCGUGUGACAGGAGCUCGAGAGGCAGUAUUCGCCCAGCCGGUGGUCGCACAGGAUGUCGGCGGACGACGUGAUCGAGGCUCACGUGAAGGCUUUGAAGGAAGGUACCGAGCGUGCCCGUGGUCUGGCUCAAACCCUGCUCAACGUGCCAUACGGGGAGGGAGAUGGAGAGAAACUGGAUGUCUACAUACCCAACACCAACUCUUUGGAUGUCCACCUUGUUAUUUACAUACAUGGAGGCUACUGGCAGUUUUUCAGCAAGGAGGAGUCGGGAUUCAUGGCUGUUCCGCUCGUUGAUAAAGGUGUAGUGGUGGUUGCCGUUGACUACGACACCGCCCCCAAAGGUAACAUGGACCUGAUGGUGUCUCAAGUACGGAGGAGUGUUGUGUCUGUUGUUCAGCAGUACUCUCACAUCAGUGGUCUGUACCUAUGUGGUCACUCUGCUGGGGCUCACCUGGCUGCAAUGGUCCUCUCCACUGACUGGUCGCAAUACAGCAUCACACCCCAGUUCAAAGGUGCUUUCCUUGUCAGUGGCAUAUAUGACCUCCUGCCCAUCCUGUCCACCUACGUUAACGAGCCUUUGAAGAUGACAGAGGAGGUGGCGGUGAGGAACAGCCCCAGCAAGCUGGUCCCUCAGCUCAAACUCUCCUCCUCCAGCUGUCACAUCAUUGUGGCCGUCGGUGAGAACGACUCGCCGGAGUUUCGCAAGCAGUCGGAAGAAUAUUACAAAUCUUUGGAGGCGUCAGGACUUAAUGUGACCAUGGAGGAUGUGGCGAACACAGACCACUUCAGUAUCAUUGAGCAACUGGUAGAUGGGGAGUAUCAACUAACAAAGCUUCUCUUGAAGAUGAUGGGGAAGAGCUGAGGUGAAGAGCUGAGGUGGUGGUCUUUGAUCCAUCAUCUAAUAUCAACACGUCUCUGUAUCCACAUACACCUGUGAACAGAGUCAUAGUACCCCAGCGCUGAUAAAAUAUGCCUUAUUUCGGGUUUGUUCAAUGAUGAACAUACACUUUCUUUCCAUUUUGAUUGAUCAACAAUACAGUGGCAUUGAUUGUUUUGACCAUCCAAUCACAUUAAUCAUGUUAUGAAAACAUUGUAUGCCUGAAACCAAGUCAUUUCAAGGAUGGUGAUUGUUGCAAAUCAUACUACGGCUAAACCUGCUCUUAUUCAGUUGUAAACAGAUUAUUUGACAACCACAGUGCACAGUGUUAUUGUCAGGAAAUAUUGUUCCACUGGCAUAAAAAAAAGGUUGUAGAGCUGAUGGUUAGUUUUGGCAUAUUUUCAGUAUUUUGUUGAAGGCCUGUCUGCCUCGUGUUUUUUUUUUUUUCUCCUGUGACAAUCUGCAUCACAACUUAAAGUCUGUGGGUAGGACAAGAAUUCUUUCAUGAGUACUAACAUAUCAUACAAACUGAAUGUAGCUUUUUAUUGUAGCUGCCACACUACUGAUGUCUCACCCAGGGAACUUUUAAUCUGUCGUCCAUGCUUGAUAAAUGAUGCUAAUCAAAACUCUAUAUUUGCACGUCUUAUCCUAAUACAGUAGAUGAAUAAUGGUACUGAAAUGCACACACAAUGUUUUAAAGAACAGAUGGCACUAAAUUAGCUGAUUGUUACAUACUGCCCCCAGUCUAGUGUGUUACCUUGUUUAUUUUACUGUUUAAACAAAAUGUUCUACUAACCAUGACUGUAGAUUAUAAAGAGAAUGAUCACAAUAAAUUAUA